AAAGAAACCAUCGGAGGAGGUAUAGGGCUUUACGUACACUCUGAAGCAACGCGCGCUUUUCCGCCACUGCGUUCUCUCCGGGCGACUUUCCGGCGAGAUCGCCAGUCAAAUCCAUACACCAAGCACCCAAUAGCCGCCGCCUUUUGCUUUACUUUCCUUGAAAAGGUGACAAUCCUGUUGUUUCUUUUGACUAAUCAAUUGCUAUACACGCACAAUCGUUACUUGCUACUCAAUUUAUGUAUGUACUGUUCAAAUACCCUAAAUCUGAACCUAGGAGCUAAGUUAAGCACAGAAAUUACCGUAGUAUUAAUGAGAGAGGUGAAGGGGUCAAAUCUUGCCAAAGGCCGAAAUUGAUUCUUGGAGGUUUCUCUGUCCCUUUUUGCUGUCCUUGCUGUUUUAAAUGGAUGAAGUUUCUCUCAACAGUGAACCUGCAUACGAUGAUGAAGCUGAUGAAUUUGAGAUUGAAGGCUAUUGUGGAAUGGCAGAUUACAUUGGUCAAGGUGGCACAAUUCAAGGAGAAAACCCCCUUCCUCCUGCUGUGGGGAUGGAAUUCGACUCCUAUGAUGACGUUUAUUACUUCUACAACUGUUAUGCUAAGGACCAAGGAUUUGGAGUCAGAGUAAGCAAUACAUGGUAUAGAAAGGGUAAAGAACGGUACAGAGGAAAGUUAAGUUGCAGCAGUGCAGGUUUCAAAAAGAAAAGCGAGGCAAACCGGCCAAGACCAGAAACAAGAACUGGCUGUCCAGCAAUGGUGAAGUUCAGGUUGAUGGACAACAAAAGGUGGAGGAUUAUUGAAGUUGAGCUAGAGCACAACCACUUGAUUGGUCCCGCCAGUGGAAAGUUCUACAAAUCCCAUAAAACCAUGGGAGUUGGGAAACUUGAAAAAAAAAGACCACCGCCCCUUGAUACUAGCACGGAAGAAGUUCAAAAAGUUAGGUUGUUUCGAACAGUUCUUGUUGAUGCAGAGGAUAAUGGAAACAAAUACUCCGAAGAUGGAGAAUAUGGGAUUGGUGUUGAUCAGUCCAAUCAAUUGAAGCUUAAACAAGGAGAUGCACAAGCUAUUUACAGUUUCUUCUGUCAUUUGCAAUUGAUGAGUCCAAACUUCUUUUACGUAAUGGAUUUCAAUGAAAAAGGAUAUAUGCGGAAUGUGUUUUGGGCUGAUUCAAGGUGUAGGGUUGUGUAUCGUUAUUUUGGUGACGUAGUUGUGAUUGACACUACAUGUUUGACAGAAAACUAUGAAGUUCCACUGGUAGUGUUUACUGGAGUAAAUCACCAUGGACAAUCUGUGCUUUUGGGUUGUGGCUUACUCUCAGGCGAGACUGUGGAAUCGUUUACAUGGUUGUUUAGGGCUUGGCUUACAUAUAUGUUAGGACGCCCACCUUCGGCUUUCAUUACUGACCGAUGCAAAUCAAUGCAAGCUGCUCUUUCUGAUGUUUUUCCUAGAGCUUCGCUAUGUCUUUGUUUAUCACGUAUUCUGGAAAAGCUUCCUGAUAAACUGGGAGGUUUGCAUGAGUAUGAAGCAAUUAAGAUGGCUUUGACUAGAGCAGUUUACCAGUCUUUGAGGCCGCAUGAGUUUGAAGCAGCUUGGGAGGAUAUGUUGCAGCAGUACGGACUUAGGGAUCAUAAAUGGCUCCAGAUAUUAUAUGAAGAUCGUAAAAGGUGGACGCCAGUAUAUUUGAAGGAGAUAUUUUUGGCUGGAAUGUUGCCAGUUAGACCAAGUGAGGGCAUGACUUCAUUUUUCGAGGGAUUUUUGCACAAAUGUACUCCUCUGAAAGAUUUUCUCUGCAAGUAUGAUCAAGUUUUACAGGAAUUUCAUCAAGAAGAAGCCAUGUCUGAUGUAGGGUCGAGAAGUUCAAGUCCUGCUUUGAUAUCAAGGUUUUAUUUUGAGUUGCAGCUAUCAAAACUGUACACAAAUAACAUAUUUAAGAAGUUCCAGAGUGAAGUCGAGGGGAUGUACUCGUGUUCCAGUACAAGGCAAAUAAGCGUUGAUGGUUCAAUCAAUACGUACAUAGUCAAAGAACACGCCGAAGUUGAAGAAAAUAGGAGGGAUACAAGAGAUUACGAGGUUAUGCACAAUCCGUCAGAAGGGGAGGUGCUUUGUGUAUGUGGUUUAUUCAACUUUCAAGGGUACUUAUGUAGGCAUGCACUAAGCAUUCUAAACCAGAAUGGCCUGCAGGAGAUCCCACCUCAGUACAUUCUUUCGCGGUGGAGAAAGGAUAUCCAGCGCAAUUAUGUUCUUGAUCAUGGGUGCAAUAUUAUAGACGUAAAUAACCCAGUUCACAUGUACGAUCACUUGUACAAAUGCGGUGUGCAGGUUGUGGAGCAAGGGAGAAAAUCACAAGAUUGCUUCAAGUUUGCAUUACAGGCAUUGGAUGAGAUAUUGAACAAGGUGCAUCUUGCAGAAGAUCUUGGGUAAUUGUAGAGCCGGAAAAUCUGUAGAUAUAGAUUGUACGGUUAGCAUUCAAGUCACUGGUCCUCAUUCGUUCCCGUCUGCAUUUUGCUCUGCGUGCUUGAAUGUUUGCAUCGUUCAACAAGGCUACACGUGCGGGAGAGUGUAAUGUACAUAUUAUGGGCCCGUUUUCUGACAGACUUAAUCUUUCAGGACAAUUGGUGACCAAAUAGCUAGUAGAACUUUGUAUUUUAGAUAAUGUGAUCUCUCCUUCGGGUGCACCCAAGUGUAUAUAAGGCAACUACUCUCGUCUUUGUGUACGUAUGCAAGUAUUACUCAUCUUUCUGGAUUUUU